AUCAUGUUAAUUAUCAAUUUUGAAGAACCAAGCCUUUUACAAUUAUAUAUUUUAUGGUUCUUUUAUAGUCUUUUAAAAAUAUUUGAUAGUAAAUUUAAUUUUGAAAAUUCUAGAAACAAAGAAUAAUUGUAAAAAGCUUUCUAAAAGUAUUUUUUCUUUGUAAAAUAUUUUAUAUAUUUUUCAUCUUUAAAGACACUAAAGAAAGAUAUUAUAAGAGAAAAUAUUUUUUUUAAACGAAUUAUAAAAUCCUACAUGUACAAGAAAUUAUUUGAUAAAAAUCAAAUAGAAAAACUAACUAUAAAAUAAGUGUUAUUCCUUUUUUAAAACCUAAGAAAAUAAAAAUGUUAAAGGACUCUUAUUAUUUUCAUAUAAAUAGCUAAGUUUCCUUUUUAACAGAUAAAUGUAUGUUACAAAAAUAUAUACCAAAAUAAAUAUUAUUUUCACAUAUUUAUUUAGGUUUAAGCUUCUUCAUAUUAUUUUUACAAAAAAUAGUAUUUACAAGAAAAAUAAUAUCUGAGUAUUUUCUUUCAAUUUCUGUAAACAACUCAAUUUCUUAUCAUCCAUAUUACAUCUUAUGAUGCUAACACAAUUUUUUUAAAAUUAUGAUGUUUUUGUCGUACAUAAGUAUGUGUGAAUAUGAGAAAUAUAUAUGUUUGUAUGUAUAAGACACAAUAUAUAAUUGACUAAACAUAAUUUGUUUAUUGAAAAUAUAUUAGUUGUAUAAAAGUCUUAAACAAAAACGAAUUAUAGUUGGAAUUUUUCUUUUUUUAAAACAAUUAAAAGUAAAUUAUUUCUUUAAAAUAAUAAAUUUUCUUUUUAAUAGAUAAUUUUGUCUUAAAAAAUUAUAAACCAAAAAUAACUUCAAAUAUUUGACCCGAUAUUAUUGUGACAUUUGUAAAAACAAAUUGUGCAUGUAUUAAUAAAAAUUUAUCAUUAUAUGAAAAUAAUUUUUUUUUCCUAAAAUCCUAAAUAAAAUAAAUUUGAAAAAUAACAUUUUCCUCUUUUAAUUUUAACCAAAUGAGAUUGUUUCCUUUGAAAUUCUAACCAAAUAGAAUUGUAAAAGUAAUUUUUACUUUUAAAAUUUAAUGAUAAAUAUAAUACUGAAAAUAUUUAAUUAAAAAUAUUAGUAAAAUUGAGUAAACGAAUUUUUAAAAUAGCAACUUUUUAAAAUAGUUAAUAUUUGCUGGAAAUAGUUAUUUGAUAGUAUUUUUAUUUUCUAACUCCUAGAAAAAAUAAUUAUAAAAGAUUAUGUAAUUUUAAUUUUGUUUUCUAACACCUAAAACUGUAAAAAACUAUUUGAUAGUUUUUUUAACUUAAAAAAAAAAUCCUCAACAAGAGAGAUUUGUAUCAUAUUUUGUAAUUCCUAACCAAAAGAAAAUUGUAAGAAGUUAUUUGAUAGUAUAUUUUAAAAGAAAAUUUGAUGAUGAACAUGAUACUAAAAAGUAUUUAAUUAAAAAUGAAGUGUAAAAAUAGUAUUUAUAUGAGCUGUAAAAAACUUAAUUUUAAAAUUAUUUAUAGUUGAUAGCAAUAAGAUUUUUCUGAAAUUCUAAACAGAAGAUAAUUGUAAAAGUUUAUAUGAUAAUACUUUUCCUUUUCUAAAUUCCUAAAAAUAAAAUCAAAACUUAGGAUGUUGUCGUGAUUGGUAUUUAUGUGUUUGGUUGUACGAAAAUCAAACACAUGUUUGAUAUAUAUAUUCUCAUGUUUGCUCAUAAAAAAUUGAUAAUUAUUACUGUCGCCGUACAUAUGUUUAGUCAAAAACAAAUCAAUAUUCAUUGUUAUCUUAUUACGUUUUUUUAUUUUUAAUAUGUAGUAGUUUAUAAUAUAUUUUAAUUAAAAUGUUAUUAUGAAAAUAUAUCAUUAAUAAAUAAUGAAUCCAGAAAAUUAUUUAACAUCAGAUAAGUUCAAUAAAACAUUAAAUUAUUACAUAAGAAAGUAUAUAAUGUUGUCAUCAUGGCCUUAAUUAACUUCCAAAUUCCUUUUUAUUUCAUUAUAAUUAUUAUUUCAGGUUGGAUCCGGUUUAAAUUUUUACGUUUAAAUGUUAUUUCUAGCUCUAACAAAUAUUAACUGAAACUUAUGUGUAAAAAAGAGUUCUUAAUUAUAAAAUAAAUUUCACAUAACAUAUGCAAAACAAUUUUAAACAAUAAUAAAAUGAUUUUUUAAUAUUUUUUUAUUAAAUUAAAAUAUCAAAUAAAGCUCGUUGCAACACACGGGUCCAAAUCUAGUACUAAAUAAUAUUUAGUUCAAUCAUCAAGUAACUAUAACAUAGCCGUCUACUCUACUAAAAUAGAGUCCUACUUUUUAUCUACUUAAAAAGUUGUCAUUUAAGUUUUGGAUCUAUUUACCAUUCAUUAGAAAUUAAUUAAUGAACGAUGGUGUUCAUUGUUAAACGAACAGAGUAUGGUCCCACAGGAAGAGAUUCGGUCUUCAUUGUUAAAUCCAGGACGAUGGUGUUUCACAGAUGGUUCCUGGAAAGAGAAAGAUACUUUUUCCGGCCAGGGUUGGCACAGCACUUUAGAAGGCUUCGCUGGUUUGCUAGGGGCGAGGAAUGUUCGGGCUAGUCUUUCUCCUCUCCAUGCGGAGAUGGAAGCACUACUCUGGGCUAUGGAAUGUAUGAGGAAUUUACGUCAAUCUCAGGUUACGUUUGCAACGGAUUGUUCUCAAUUGGUGAAGAUGGUUUCGGAACCAGAAGAGUGGCCAGCGUUUGCAAGUUAUUUGGAAGACAUCAAAAGGCUGAGAGCAAGUUUCCUACAAUCAGAGAUCGUCCAUGUACCAAGAGCGCAGAAUACAAAGGCGGAUAGCCUAGCACGCAGUGUUAGGAUUCAGCCGUCUUUCGUCGUUCACAUGGAUCAAUAUCUUCCGGCUUGGUUUACAGAGUCUAUAUGAGUCUGUAAAGUUGACGACAAAAAAAAAAAAAAAAGAAAUUAAUUAAAGUUAACAUCCCUUAUAAUUUGAUUAUACAAUAUUUAUCUCAAACAGUUUCAUAACAUUAAGCUAAUAAUGUUAACAAAAACAGAAAUGAUCCUUUUAUAUCUUUCCAAAGUUUAAAAAACUCCCGAAUAAUAAUAUGACAAGAUAACGUUCUUUUGUUUCGUACACAAACAAUAUUACAAAAUAAAAAUAUAUAUUUCUAACAUCUGCUUAACACUAAAUUAUUUAUUGAUCAUAUUUUAAUAAUAUAAAACACAGUAAACAGUUAUUUCAAUUAAAUCUGAACAAAAAGUAAAAGAAAAAAAAACAUUUCCACCAUAUCUUAAUUAUGUGUGGUAUAUUACAAUUAUACCAUAAUAUCUAACUAAACAUAACUUAAUCUAAUUUAUUCAAAAUAGCAAAAUUUAUCAAAUACCAUUGAAUCAUGAACUCUUAAUCUAAAAGUAACUCAUCUAAAUAUUCUUAUUCACUUUUACCUCAAGAUUUAUAAAAUACCUUUAAAUCAUGAAAUGUUAAUUUAAAAACAUAACACAUGAAUAUAAUGUAUAUAAAUCCGCGCAUAGUGCGGGUUAUAAUAUAGUUUAUUACUUAUCUUUAAAGCUCAUAAUUCUUUCAUUUCACAAAUUUUCUCAACAAUCUGAAAGAAAAAACAACACGUGCAAUGUAGUAGUUUUGUGAACACGUCAGAUAUGUAUUUAUUAAUGCAAGCACCUUAUUGUUUAUUCUUCUUUCAACUAAUUUAAAUGUGAAAAGCUUGCAUUCUCUUGUAGGUGUAUGUCAAAAAUAUUAUUUUCGAAAUAACCUUUUUGAAAUGUAUCUUUUUAAUAAUUUUUCCUCUUUCCACUUUAUGAAGUGAUUGGUUCGCUUGAGCACCCACUUUCAAGCUUGUCACUUGAGGGAUCGAUAACAACUAAUGGUGAAAGUCCUAGAAAGACAGUGAAAGGCAUAAUUAAUUCACAUCUAGGACCUAGCGGUGGUUCACGUGGAACCGUACUUUUGUUCUUGCGCACACUUGACAUAGCGAGGUCUGCGAUUCUAUCUAGUACUGGAGGAAAUUGUAGUGGGUGGUGGAGGAAGUGGUGGAAUGAUUUAUUUUCAUUGGUCAGACAUUCCAACUGGUGAUGUCUAUCAUCACAUUGUCAACGUAAAGGAAAGAGUUUAUGUAAGGUAACUUUUUUGAUACAUGACUUAGUCUUUGGUUCAAACAUAAUAUCUGAUUCUACUAUAAAUUACCCCUGUUUGGGAACGCGCUAGGCGAUAGUCUGUCGGUCGGGUUGGACCUAGAGCCUAAAAAGAAAAUCGGAGAUUAAUCGAAAAUUAUGCGGGGCAGAAUUUUGAGAUUGUUUACUAUGUUAUAAAACAUGUUAACUUUUAAUUGUUUAUAACAGUAAUAUAUUUUCAUGUUUAAGAUUGUAUAAAACACACAAAUAGAAUAUAUAAACUUAAUAUAGUGUAAUUUUCAUCAAAAUUAUGAAUAUAAAUGAUAUUUAUAAAAUUUAAGAUCAAAUAAAUAAAUAAAAAUAAUAUUAAAAAAAAACAUAAUAAUAAAAAAUAGAUUAUGCCGCCGCCUAGGCGGCUAGGCGGUCCGCUUAGACGGAGAAAAUCGGAUAUCCGAUUUUUUUAACCGAUUUGGCAUAAAUCAGAGCGGAAGAGUGACGUGUAACGCCCAGGCGGCUAGGUGGUCGAUUUUUAUAAUUUUCUAAUCAUAUUAUGAUUUUUUAAAAAUAUUUAUAAAUUUUAGAAAUAUUAUUUAAUUUUAUGUUUUGUUAAUUAUACAUAACAAUAUGAUAAUAUGAGGGAGUGCUUGAGCUGCCCUCUCUGCGACAGUAUCCUCCUUGACGCCACCACUGUCUCCGAGUGCCUUCACACUUGUUAGUUCCUCUUUUUAACCCACAAAGGCUUCAAGAUUCACUGCCAUGGUUUUAAUUUCCUUUGAAGUUGAAGAUUUUUGUAGGAAAUGCAUCUAUGAGAAAAUCACAGAAGACGAGAUAGAGUGCUGUCCAGUGUGCAAUAUCGACCUUGGUGGCACCCCAUUGGACAAGCUUAGGCCUGACCACAAUUUACAAGACCUGAGAGCCAAAAUCUUUCCUCUAAAAGGAAGAAAAGUGAAAGCUCCAGAGCCAGCAAGAAAGAAGGAGAGGUCUAUGUCUUAUUUGGUUGAUGUAACCGAAACCAAGGCGUCAGACCAAGCUGGAAGAAGAAGAACUAAAACGGUCACGAGCAAAGAGUUAUUACGAGACAGUGCUUCAUUGGCCGAGAAGGAAGAAGAAUCUCUUCUUAAGGGUCAACUUCUGGAGAGCACAAGCUCACCCAACAAAUCCACUCAGAAUAAAAAGGAUAGUGAUGAGCCUUGGGAUCCCGAAUCUUAUUGGAAAGCUUUGAAUUUUCUGGUUGAAGUGGCGAACAGGACACAGACCUUGAAGUCUUCUUGUGCUUCUCAAGGGCCAGGUUCGAAAUCUGAGCAGGCUAGUUCAUCAUCUCACAAACAAAUUCAACCCAGAGUUAAGGACCACAAGAGCAGAUAUAAACGUGAGUAUGAAAAGAGUGCAAAACAGGAGAUGGGGAAUGGUCCUGUUUGGUUCUCACUUAUGACGUCCAGUGAUCAGUGAGAUUCAUCCUCCCAUAUCUAAACUUUUUCUUUCUCUUCUUCUUUUGUUGUCUAUAUCUUGUUGUUAUGUUGACAAGGCUUUGAUGAUUUCAGGGAAGGAAAAACAUCUUUGCUUAAAAUUGUGGAACGGUCAAAUAGGAUCCAAAAUUAAAAAUAAAAAUGAAAUCAAGAUUUCUUUUGAAAAUAAAUAUAUAAAUUAUAGUUUAAACUUUGAAAUUUAAAUAUAUUAUUAAAUUUAGAAUUUAGAAUUUUAGAAAAAGUCAAAUAUAUAUAUAUAGUUAUAAAUUUUUAAAACUACUUUAAUAUAUUGUUAAAUAUACCGUUAAUAUGUUUUUGAACAAGAUCCAUAUAUAAUUUGAGACGACACUGUAAACCUCUCUGUUACUACAGUUGCAUGAAAUUAUUUUGGUCUACCUCCCGUUUAUACAAAGUUUGUAAGAUCCAAUAUAAUUUCAUGUUGGAUCUUAAUUAAUUGAAAUUGGAGUUAGACCAAGUUUCAUGCAACUUUGUGUUACGAAGAAGAUUGUGUUAAUAAAGUUGCAUGAAAUUGCAAGUUCAUGGCUAAAUAAAAUUGAUAGCACAACAAAAAAAGGGGAAAACAACACGGGCUUAUUUAGGGAAUAACCAAAAAAAAAAGAGAAAUUAGAUUUUUAGAGAGAGAAGAGAGAGAUAGGAAGAGAAAAGAGGAGAGAGGGUGGGAUUUUAGUUAGAUAGUGAAUUUUGUUUUUUUUCUUAGCUAUUGGGUGCAAUUUCUCAAACAACUAAGGAAUGUUGAUUUGUAUUAGUUUUAUUUUUAACAUAUGCACUAGGUGAUACCCGCACCCUGCGCGGGGUGAGUGACCGAAAACAGUUUUUUUUUUUAAUUUUAAAAUUGUGCAUGUAUGUAUAAUGUAAACUUAAUUGUUUUUUUAUGGUUGUGUAAUUGAUUUAUUUGUAAAUUAGAAAUAUUAUAAGGAAAAAAAUGUAUAAUAGUGUGCAAUAACUUAUAAUUAUUUAUUAUGAAUUUAAGACAAAACAAAUCAUAAGAAAGUUAAUGACUCUUUCGAUAUUUCAGUAAUCAAAUUGAUACUCAAUAUACUACUUGCCUAUUUGUAUAGCAAUGUGAUAUGUUUUUACGUAAAAUAGGCAACAAUAUGAAGAUCCAAUCACACAAAUUUCAUGUAAAAAUUCUUCUGGUACAAAAUUUA